AUGCGAUGCCAUGUGGCGGGCAAACCCUGUGCUGCCUUGGUCGCGCUGUCCCUCCUGCCCUGCACGCUUUCUCAGUCUCUGCCGGCGGAUGUCUGUUGGAAUGAUGGUUUUUCUGCGGAGCUAUGCUGCGAUCUGAGAUAUGGACCCAAUGGGAACCCGGCUUGUUGGGCCGGAGAGCUGACCUUUGAGGGCUGCUGCGGAGACUCGAGUCAGUCCUCCGAUCCUCAGGAGGCUGAGCUCCCGCCGCCGAUCGACCCACCAUUUGAUCCGCAGGAUUUGCACGCUCAGAUCGGCAUUGGCCUCUUCAUCAGCUACGAGCCAGGAAAGGAUUGCUGGACAGGGCUUGGUGGCUACUCUAGCCACGCCAUGUGCUGUGACCUGACGCUCUCCGGAUAUGGCAUGGGCUCAUGCUGGGAUGGCUGGCGUUAUACCUUCGACCGCUGCUGCUUCCUUGGCGAGGCUGCGGCAUUCCAGCCGCCCUCGAAGCCUCACCUGCGGCUGCCCAAGUCCCCAGUGCCACCGAAGCCGGGCAGGGCCGGCUCUCGCCCUGCAGGCAUGGAAUGCUGGCAGAAUGACUUCACGUUUGCCUACUGCUGUUUGCACAGAGGCACAGACUGCUGGGACGAGCAGUUCACUCGAGCAGCCUGCUGCGAAGGGAUCGCGGAUCCUCUGGAGGCCUGGGAGGUCGCCGAUGCAUCGGAUCCCCGAGUGAUCUGUCUCCUAAUCACACGAAAUGUCGCCCUGGACCUGGAACAGACGCCGAAGCAUUGCCCAAAAGACCGUUUCUUCCUCCUGGCAUCGCUGGGUCCUCCAGUGAUCGAUGAAGACUGGACGGGGACGCCUUGGUUCUGGAAGCCGUGGAAUAUUCAGGCGCAGAACCAAGAGUCGAUACGCCGACUGCAGCCGCUUCGUCCCAGUAGGACACAUUUUGUCGGUGGCCUUUGCGUGCCGGCUCCCUGCUCUUUGGAGACCACGGCUGCGUACCUUGCCCCGCGCGUGGUGCCCUGGUGGGGCGCUCCUCGACCAGAGCCGCGGCUUCUCAACGAGACGCACUUCUUGCUGCCACCGCCUCUUGCCAGUCGGCACAAAGUCUACCGCAUGCCGCGGCUCAAUUCCACCUGGUCUGCCUGGGUGGCGCCGCGGCCAGCGGAUGCCGACGUCUUCGCGGAGCAGCCGGGCAGUUGGGAGUUUGCGAUCCUCGAGCACCGUCAGUACUUCGGUGUGAGCAUCUCUGAGAUCCUUACCGUGAGCCUGGGGAUGAUCGCAGCUUCUGCCGGCUUCCUUAUCCCAAGGGAAGCGGCAGAAUAUCCUUCCUUUCUCGCGCCGCAGUUCCAUGUGCUCCGCUUGGGUCUGUCGCGAGGGCCACGGCACCUGGAGGUUGCCAGGUUGUGGCUCACGGCGAUUGUUCUCUUCAUCCACGUCAUCGACCAUGGCCCCUGGCUCCCGGUCACGCAGCACACGGGGGGAGCAUGGCUGCUGCUCCUUCGCAGUGGCCUGAACCGUGUGAACGUUGGCUUCGUGGUGCUCCUGGUCCACCUCAGCAUCAGCCGCCGUUCGUUGAAGCAGGCGACGUCUGUGUCGAGUUGGAUAAAAGGCAUGCUCUACCACAUCUUGAAGCGAUGGCUCAUCAUCUCUCCGGUGGUGUCCUUCUGGAGCUUUGUGUUCAUUCAUGCGCCCUUUCGGGAUGUUCCCAUGAACAACAUCUUGAAGUCCCAGGCGCUCUUUCGCUACUACUCUGAGAGCCGAGAUCAGUGUGAGCAUCCGGCGCACAUCAUCUCGAGCACGUUCAUGGUGCAUGCGCCGCUCCUCGGAGGGCGGUCGCCUUGCAUGAAUGCAGACAUCUUCGAAAGCUUGUUCCAUGUGGACAUUGUUGUGUUCGGCUUGCUGUCUGCACUGGGUCGUGGGCGUGCUGCCAUCGCCGCACACCUUUUGUGGGUGCCAUCCGUCAUUCUGAGCUACCACACAGUGCCCAACUCGGCAUUUAAUGGAGCUGGUCAUCACUUCACUGGUUUACUGCCAGCAGCGCUUGCAACGUUAGCCAUCUCUUCCUGGCUCAGCCCAUGCGAGCUGCCACUCUUUCCCCGCACACUGCUGCCCUGGCGACAUGCUUUGGCUGUGGCCGCGAGCAUCUGCAUCGUGGCAACUUGCCUUCAGGAUGCGCUGACCUGCGGCGAGUUCGAGUGGCCCCUUUCUUGUCUCAAAGUCGCAGCGAGCUUCUUUAAGACGCUACACCAGCCCAACCAGGAGUAUGUGAUACCCUGUCAUGUUUACGAGCUUGUCUUUGUGCUUGGGAUGGUGAUCCACUUGAAGCACGGCUGGCUAUCUUUGCUUCCCCAACGCCAGGAGCCUUGGUCGCUCCUGCGCUUUGUCUCACGGAUCAGCCCUGGUCUUUGUGCAUCGAAUCUUUUCGUGCUGCAUUUCGCUGGCGCCUUCGUACAUGACGAGCCAGUCGAGCUGUCAGUAUUCGUGUGCUUCGCCUAUCUGAUGGUGACGUUCGUCCUGUCACUUCUGGUGUCGCUCGUGGCACUGUUCCUUGUAGAAGGCCCUUUUGCCUGCAUGCUUAGCGAUGGCCUUCCGCAGGAUAUGUCAGCACUGCCAGCAGCCGCAGCCGCUGCGUAG